AUGGGGUUGACAGGUGGCCAGAUCGUGUGUGAGAUGCUUCGAAGACAGAAUGUUGAUUGUAUCUUUGGGUACCCCGGUGGAGCGAUUUUGCCAGUGUUUGAUGCCCUAUACAAAGAUCCGAAUUUUCGCUUCAUUUUCCCGCGCCAUGAACAAGGGGCCGGUCAUAUGGCAGAGGGAUAUGCCCGCGCGUCUAGGAAGCCAGGAGUGGUUCUGGUGACCUCGGGGCCGGGUGUGACCAACCUCAUCACACCUUCACAGGACGCUCUAAAAGAUGCCAAGAAACCUGUUAUAUACGCGGGUAACGGGGUACUGUCGUCUGCUGAAGGUGCAAAAUCACUGGCACAACUAGCUGAAGCUGCCUGCAUUCCUGUGGCAACUACUCUCCUUGGAAUGGGCUGUUUUGAUGAGGAGGACCCCAAGUCAUUACGAAUGCUGGGUAUGCAUGGCACUGCCUACGCAAACAAAGCUAUCCAAGAGGCCGAUUUGGUAAUCGCUCUAGGUGCACGUUUCGACGAUCGAGUGACAGGGGACAUUGAUCGCUUUGCUCCUGUUGCGCGAGCAGCUGGCAAGGAAAAUCUCGGUGGCAUAAUUCAUUUCGAAAUCCACAGUCCACAUAUCAACAAAAUUAUUGAGUGUGAUGCAGUCGUCCAAGGCGAUGUGACCGCAGGGCUUACCGAGCUCUUUCCACAUGUUAGAAAGAUAAAAGAUCGACCGGAAUGGAUGGGACAAAUUGCCAAUUGGAAAAAGAAAUAUCCAAUGAAGCCGGCGGCUUCGCUCACAAAAUCGGAUUAUUGUGACUACUGGCGUUGGAUCACAUCAGAUGUGGGCGACCCAGUUCUUUCGAUGGGCUGGCAAUCGUUCGUUGAUCACUUCUGGGGGGCAGGGACGAUGGGAUUCGGGCUCCCUGCAGCGAUUGGCGCCAAAUUGGCGCAGCCCGAUGCGAUGGUCAUUGAUAUCGAUGGCGAUGCAUCUCUCAGCAUGUCCUUGACUGAGAUGUCUGUCGCCGCGGAGUAUGGCAUUAAUAUCAAAAUUUUGGUGCUCAACAAUGAAGAGCAAGGCAUGGUCACGCAAUGGCAGGCGCUCGACUACGACAAGCGAUACUCUCACAGUCACCAACAAAAUCCAGACUUUGUGAAAGUGGCUAAUGGAAUGGGGAUUGACGCUCAGCGACUAGAUGCUGUAUCUGAUAUCUCAGACAAACUCCAGUGGUUGGUCGAUUCAGAGGGCCCUGCUUUGCUAGAGGUCAAGGUGGAAGAUAAGGUGCCCGUUCUCCCGUGGGUCGCUCCUGGUAAGGCCUUGGACGAGAUAAUUAUGACUCGUGACCAGAUUUGGGCCUCUAAGAAGUAG